ACAGGGUGAAAGAAUGCAGACCUGUGGACUACUGACUGCUGGACCUCAGCUUUCCGCUUCCGGGGUUCUCCAGAAGUUGUCUGGAACCAUGUUCCUCUUACACCUGGUGAUUGUGGGUGUGUCUGCUGUCACCAUUCAGCCUGAGGAACACACAGCUGCUGCAAGAAAAUGUCAAUUUCGUGGCAAGUAUUUCAAGAAAUACUCAAGAGUAGAAGAGGAGCCUGUGGUCCUGAGAUGCCCCCAGGCGCCAUUGGCCAGCCCCGACUUCAGCAUGAGGUGGCAUAGAAAUGUUUCUGGAAGGAUGGUCCCGCGAGAAGCGAGUCGUAUGUGGAUCCAGAAUGAAGCCCUCUGGAUUUUGCCGGCUUUACAGAUGGAUUCUGGUACCUACGUCUGCACGGUCAGUAAUGCCUCCUACUGCGACGAAGUGUCUGUUGAGCUCAAUGUCUUUGAGAAGACGGAGGCAUCGCUGCCAAUCAUCUCCUACCCGCAGGUUCUAACGGUGUCACCUUCGGGGAUCAUAGUUUGCCCAGAGCUGGGAGCAUUCAUCCGGGGCAAAACUGACGUCACUAUUCACUGGUACAAGGAUUCUGCUCUUCUGGAUCAUGACAAUGGAAAGUUUAGAGCUUUGAAGGGAACCACUCACUUAUUAAUACACAAUGUGUCUGUGGUGGAUUCUGGCUAUUAUCGCUGUGGCAUGGAAUUCUCUCAUAAUGGCACUCAAUACAACAUCACAAGGACUGUUAAAUUGCAAGUCAAACAAAAAGAAGAGGAGCCGAUUCCCGUGAUUGUGUCUCCGCACCAGACCAUAUUAACUUCUCUGGGGUCCAGACUGACAAUCCCAUGUAAGGUAUUCCUGGGAGUGAGCCGGACGUCAGGCUCCAUCGUGUGGUGGACGGCGAACAACACCGGGGUAGAAAAGGCUUACCCAGAUGGCCGAGUGACGGAGGGGCCAUUCAAGUAA